AUGGCCAAUGUUCGGUAUCUGUUCGGUGUUACUUUACUGGUGCUACUGUUAGAAGUGCGGUGUAAUGUGAUCUAUGACACUCCGGAUUACCAGCUGUUGGAGUUUGGGCAGUAUAAUUCGAACAAUAGGAUUUGUUUCUACCAAAAAAUUCUUGCUGGAAAAUCAAGCCCCGUGGUGCUAAGUUUUAACAAUCCCACCAACAUGCCCAUCACAUAUAUCAAAAUCCAGCAAAUGCCACGAAGGCGCGCUGGAAUAUUAGCGGAAAUUUCCAGUGGCGCAAUCGGUACACCAUCGGUCGCAGUGACCGUUCAAGCAUCGCAGAGUCGACAUUCCUUCGGUGGCGAUGUUCGCGUAGAAAUGAUGUGCACUCCUCCACCCCCCACAACUACAAUCAGUAUAACGCCGACGAUGACACCAGUAAUGACAACUACAACAACCGUAACACCUACCUCAUCUACGACUCCUGGAAGUACAACAACCGUUUCUGGAACCACUAGUACUACAGCCGGUACGACAACAACCGUUGCUACAACAUCAACGACCGGUACUGGCACUACUGCUACCGUAACACCAACGCCAUCAACGACUUCAGGAAGUACAACAACCGUUUCCGGUACCACUAGUACUACAGGUGCGACAACAACAACAACCGUUGCUACAACAUCAACGACCGGUACUGGUACUACAGCUACCGUAACACCAACGCCAUCUACGACUUCAGGAAGUACAACUACCGUUUCUGGUACUACUAGUACUACAGGUGCGACAACAACAACAACCGUCGCUACAACAUCAACGACCGGUACUGGUACUACAGCUACCGUAACACCAACGCCAUCUACGACUUCAGGAAGUACAACUACCGUUUCCGGUACCACUAGUACUACAGGUGCGACAACAACAACAACCGUCGCUACAACAUCAACAACAGCUGCUAGUACGUCAACCACAGCGGCACCCACAACAUCAACGACCGUUGCUAGUACUACAACCACAGCGGAACCCACAACAUCAACGACAGCUGCUAGUACUACAACCACCGAAGCACCCACAACAUCAACGACAGCUGCUAGUACUUCAACCACAGCGGCACCCACAACAUCAACGACCGUUGCUAGUACUACAACCACCGAAGCACCAACGACAUCAACGACAGCUGCUAGUACUACGAUCACAGCUGCACCCACAACAUCAACGACAGCUGCUACUACUACGACCACCGCAGAACCCACGUCAACGACAGCUGCUAGUACUACAACCACCGAAGCACCCACAACAUCAACUACAGCCGCUAGUACUACAACCACCGCAGAUCCCACGUCAACGACAGCUGCUAGUACUACAACCACCGCAGCACCCACAACAUCAACGACUGUAGCUAGUACAACAACCACCGCAGCACCAACAACAUCAACGACUGUAGCUAGUACUUCAACCUCAGCGGCACCCACAACAUCAACGACCGUUGCUAGUACUACAACCACCGAAGCACCAACGACAUCAACGACAGCUGCUACAACGACAACUACUACAGGAGCUACAACAACAACAACCGAUGCUACAACAUCCACUACAGCUUCUAGUACCACAACGACAGGGGCAACUACUACGACAGGUGCUACAACAACAACCGAUGCUACGACAUCGACGACAGCUUCUACUACUACAACAACCGAUGCAACGACGACUACUGCCGAUGGUUCCCAAGGACAUUACUACUCCCAACACGCCCAAGCUCCGGCCAAGAGAAAAAUAUUAGGCAAUCGCCAAGCGGAACCUCAAGAAGACGCUAAAGACAGUUAUUGGCGAAAUGCAGUUCAAGACAAACUGACGUUCUACGGCAAAGAAAAGAAGGUUAUCCUCAAAAGGCUGACGAACUACGCUCAAAGUGAGAACAGAUUAUUGCAGAGGCAGCUCGGAUUCCGGAAAGAGAUCUCGACGGUGGAUGCCAUCCGCACAAUCAUCGCGAGCGCGGAGAAAGCAUCGCAGAAAAUGUAA